CCUUAUGUUAAAGGAUAACCAUAGAAACGUGGCAGACGCUGCUGAAUUCAUCUCAUAACACAGAAUCAAUCAAUCUCUCAAGUUUUGAAAUUCUUCACCGGUAUUAUCUCUCAAUUCUCACUCAAUUCAUUUUUGUAUCAAUCUUUAUUAUCAUCAUCGUCACGGUAAAAGCACUUAAGGUGUUUGUAACAUUGCCAAGUAGAACAAAACCAAGAAUGUUGAUUUAUGUAUUGUAACCUUUGCAUCAUUACAUUGCAUAAACCAUAUCCUUCAAUUCAACCAUGGCCACACUACUUAAUACAGUUUCUCCAGUUUCAAAUUUACAUGUAAUAUCAAAAAGAAACGGUUACAGUUUCUUAUAUAAUCAUGUUCCUAAUUUUCACAAUAACACUUUCACUUUCACUUUGAAGAAAAAGUGUUCUUCUAGGGUUUUAGCUUCGACCCACAUCACAAUUCCCUCAAAAGAUUCAGUUUUUAACCUGCCCAAUUGGAAAGAUGGGAAGAAUGACCGUAAAAGUAAGGAAAUGAGACUCAAUGAUGCAUUUCUUCAAUUGGAACAAAUAGUUGGUAAGGGUAAUAAGCCUGAGGUAACUCAAGCAACUCAGCUUUUGUAUGAUCUUUGUAGGUCUGGUAAAGCUAGAAAAGCUGUUAGGGUUAUGGAGAUUAUGGUGAGUUCAGGUAUUAUACCGGAUGCUGCUUCAUAUACAUUUUUGGUUAAUUAUUUGUGUAGGAGAGGUAAUGUUGGGUAUGCAAUGCAAUUGGUUGAAAAAAUGGAAGCGAAUGGUUUUCCUACUAAUACUGUUACUUAUAAUACUUUGGUUAAAGGGCUUUGUAUGUAUGGGAAAUUGAAUCAGAGUAUGCAGAUUUUAGAUAGGUUGAUAAAGAAGGGUCUUGUUCCAAAUGUAGUUACAUAUUCUAUCUUGAUUGAAGCUGCUUAUAAGGAAAGGGGAGUAGAUGAAGCAAUGAAGCUGCUAGAUGAUAUAAUUGCAAAGGGCGGCAAGCCUAAUUUGGUUAGCUACAAUGUGUUAUUGACAGGGUUGUGUAAGGAAGGUAGAACUGAAGAUGCUAUUAAGCUUUUUAAAGAAUUGCCAGAGAAAGGGUUUAAACCUUGUGUUGUGAGUCAUAACAUUCUGCUAAGGAGUUUGUGCUAUGAAGGGCGAUGGGAUGAAGCGUACGAGCUUAUGGCGGGGAUGGAUAGAGAUGGUCAGGCUCCUUCUGUCGUUACUUACAACGUAUUGAUCACUUCUCUUUCAAUUGAUGGAAGAAUCGAACAAGCUUUCAAAGUUUUAGAUGAAAUGACGAAGAGUGGAUUCAAGGUGAGUGCUAAUAGCUAUAAUCCGAUUAUUGCUCGUCUCUGCAAGGAAGGGAGGGUGGAUCUUGUAGUUCAGUGUCUAGACCAAAUGAUUAAUCGGCGCUUUCAUCUUAAUGGAGGAACAUACAAUGCUAUUGCCUUGCUUUGUGAGCGAGGUAUGGUGAAGGAGGCUUUCUUAAUACUUGAAAGAUUGGGUAAAAAACAAAACUACCCUAUUUCUGAUUUCUACAAAAAUGUGAUUACACUUUUGUGUAGGAAAGGGAAUACAUAUCCAGCCUUUCAGAUAUUAUAUGAGAUGACAGUGCAUGGAUUCACACCAGAUUCCUAUACUUACUCGUCUUUGAUAAGAGGAAUGUGUAGGGAAGGAAUGCUCGACGAGGCUCUCCAGAUAUUCGGGAUUUUGGAAGAACAUGGCUAUGUGCCUCAUGUUGAUAACUACAAUGCACUUAUACUUGGAUUGUGCAAAUCUCAAAGAAUAGACAUGUCGAUAGAGAUAUUUCAGAUGAUGGUCAACAAAGGAUGCAUGCCUAAUGAGAUGACCUAUAACAUUCUUGUUGAAGCACUUGCUUUUGAAGAAGAAAUGGAGUUGGCAGCUACCCUGUUGAAUGAGUUAUAUUUGAAAGGGGUUCUGAGCCAAAGUACUGUUGAAAGACUUUCUAUGCAAUACGACCUCAAGCAGUUAACAGGGUAGAGAGAAAUAUAUAAGAAAAGAAUGUAAGUAGGGAUUUACCUCUUUCAGAUAUGAAAGUAGUUUUCUCAGCUUUAGUACUUGAAUGCUUGAAAUUUUGUUUGAAUUUAUAAUUUAGCUUGAAAUUUUGUUUGAAUUUAUAAUUUAGCUUGAAAUUUUGUUUGAAUUUAUAAUUUAGAGAUGAAUAAUGGAAGUUUCAAAGCAGAGAAUUCGCUGCUGACUGCACGCUCUCUCAUGGUUUAAAUUUAACUCUGCUUUGUGAAUUGAGGCUUCUUAAUGUUUUCAAUAAUUUUGUAAUAUACAUUUGUCAUUGGUUUAUUUGCUUCUUAGAACACAAAUUUCUUA